AUGACCCACAUAGAUUACCGAGUGAAUCAGGGCAUAGAUGUCCCGAGAAAGGAAACGGAUAGCAAGGACGAGAAAUCCCAAACAGAAGCAAAUUCGAGAAUGAUAAAAAAGAAAAAGAGAAAAGUUCAUGAGGAACCUGUACAGAAGAAGAAAAAGGUGAAAAGUAGCAAGAGCCAGACUAUCGCUAAAAUUGAGAAAGGUGUUCAAACUGUCAUUAAAACUGAGGAUGAUGACCAGCUUGAGACAAAAACAAAGGUAAGGAAAAAGGACGAUUUAAAAGAAGAUGAAUGUUUAGACCAAUUAGAACUGAAGAAGAAGAAGAAGAAGAAAAACAAGAAAGAGAGAGUUGGCUCUGAAUUACUGAAAGAAGCACAUUCAGAAAGCCUUGUGAAUGUAGAAGGCCAUCUGGAUUCAGAACCUCAAGAAGAAUCAGAGGAACAAAUUAAAAUUCUCAAGAAGAAGAAAAAAAAAGUCCAAUGUCAUUCAUCCUUCUCAUUGGAGAAUAAUCAGAGUAGUGAUACAGAGUUUUCAAAUCAUCAUACAGAUGGUACUAAGGAAAAUGAAUUUGCUUUUAAAAAAAGCACAAAGAACACUGCUUUGAAUUUGGAACUGGGUGGUGAAGUAACUAAGAAAAAAAAAAAGAAAGGCGUUUUUUCUUUAGCAUUAGAAGACAUCCGGGACAGUGAACAUAAACAGUCUGAAAAAGUUCGUAAAAAACCACACAAACACUUUUCACAAGAAAAAGCUUUUACUGGUGAAAACCAUGGAACAGAUAUUAUCCAGGAUGAUGGGGAGAGUUAUGUGAGAGGAAAGAAGAGGAAGAAAAAGAAAGAUAAGUCCGACUCCUUUUUACCACUAGCAGAUAAUCAAGACAACAUCUAUGGAGUUCCUGAUAGCCCCAUUGCAUUAAGUGACUUCAGAAAAAGGCAAAGAAAGACUUUCCGGGAAAUUACACUGACAAACAGAGAGGAAGAGGACAUUACUGAAAACUCUGGAAGUAGCAGGGAGACCAAGAGGAAGAAGAAGAGAAGCAAAGAUGUUUCCUCCUUAACAUGUGAAGAUGAUCGAGACUGCAGUCACAGAGUUCCUGAUAAGCAUCUCCCUGCACAGCAAGAAGAUGAGUCUGAGGAAGAAGAGCCUUCUGGAAAAAAAUGCAGGAAGAGUAUCAAGGAUAAUAAUGAAGUAAUCAAGAAGAAAAAGAAAAAGAAGAUUGAGAAAGAGGAGGAGGAAACAACAUAUUCAAAAGUUUCUUUAAAUGAUGACAGUGCAUCUAAAAGCCAAGCAGUAACACUACUAGAAAGCAAUAAAAAUAAUGAAGAGUGUGAGAUGAAGCCAGCUGCAUGUGUCACAGGGGGUGCUGUAGAUAGGCUGUUAUGCAGUAGUAAUCAUAUGCUCUGUGACAGAAAAAGGAAAAAAAGAAAAAAAGUGCCACAGGACUCUGCUGAAGAACCAGGUUCAAAAGCAAAUGCAAAAAAGAAAAAGAUCAAAAGAGAAGACAUGGGAAAUGAGGCACUGGAACAUGUGGGUGAUGUAACUAUUGUUCAGGAAAAAAAAGGAAACUGUGAUGAAGUUAACAUAGACAAGGUGAGGCGGCAGGCUCUGCAAGAAGAAAUCGAUAGAGAAUCUGGCAAAACUAAGGUUUUCAGUCCCAAAGUGGAACGGGAUACAAAGUUUGGCCAGUGGAGUACAGCUGCUUUUCAAAGUUCUGAGGAAGAAAUGAAGUUUUUUAGACUGAUGGGUGGCUUUAAAAAGGGCUCUGUGCCUAUCCAAAAUCUCUCUGCAACUACAAACAAACCGAACAUGGCUUUAAACAGGGAAGGGGAGGAGAAGUUACAGCAGGCUCUGAAGAUGGAAUUUGAUAAAGCAGUGGACUUGAAGCAACACAGAGGAAUUGGUCUUGGAUUUCAACCUGCUGCCAACAAAAAAGUAUACAUAGACAAAUAUACAUCUAGAUCUAUAAAAUUUGAAGAUUAAAACUCUGAAUUAAUGAAUCAAAAUUCAGGCAAAUUUCUUUUCAUUUUCCACAUCUUUUUACUUGAAAUAAAAUACAAAAUGCUUAAGAAAUUUGAUUUAUGAGGCACUUUUAGUACAAUUUUUCAACUGCAUACACCAGAUUAUGUGGAGCUGGUUCUCACUUCAGCUAAAUAGUAAGUUUUUGAAACCUUUACAAUGUCUUCUACAAGGCAAGAGACAGCCUCCUUCAAAGAUUGAAGAUACGUGGGCAAUGCCUGCAAAAAGUUGAAACUUCUAACCUUUGGAUUUUUAGAUGACUUGCACUUUCAUGGGCUUUUUAAUAACAGUACAAAAUAUGAGACCGCAUUUGUGUAUGUUGUGUUCAGAAUUCAAGGGUCUAAAGCAGUCUAUCAGUGUCUUGCUUGAAGUGACAAAAAAAGACUGAAAAACUGUCAUGUAUUUUAUUAUUGGCUGUGCCACUGGUUAGGGGAGACAGUGGUGUUAAGUUUUAGUGUAUCUCUGGUUCUUAAGCAGAACAAGGUGACCAUCUCUUAUGUCCAUGCCUGCUGUGGUGUAAUAGUUGCUGACUUGCAGGGGAACCCCAGCCCCCCCAGAAUUAGGUUACUACUCUACUAGCCCAGCUCAUGGUUUUUCUGCCAAAUUACCUAUCCUUUGUGGUAAGAUCAUGCCAACUGAACUAGUGAUUUUCUUGCUCUUUUAAGGCAACCUCACUUUCCACAAUAGUCUUUUCCAGUGGACCACUCUACCUGAAAGCAGCUGCCUCCAGCAGAAAAUACAUUUAACAAAAGAGUAGUUGGUUCCAAUGCAUUUUGGGCACCUCCUCAGGAGAAGUGAAAAUUAUGCAGAGGCUCCAGCUUAAGGGUUUGCCAUGAAUCCAUUCCCAUAUCUGGGAAGAGGUCUGACCCCUCCAGGGUCUGAACUUGUCUGAGGAAAGCAUCUCCUUUAAAGUGUCAUUUAAAACCACCAUGACCUCAGGGUGAGCCUGUUUUGCACCAGUGCUCUCAAAAGCUCAGUGACUGGCUUCAGCUGGCCCUUCUAGGCUUCAGCUGUUGCUUUACUUAAAUU